UCAGCGCUGCAGGACCUAGCAGAACUCCAGGUUAGAAAGUUGUAACGUUGUUUGUUGCAUAUACAUUGCAAGUGCGUUAAAUCUCCCGCGUAAAGAUGGAAUUGUGUCCGGAGAACAGGCUCGAGUAUAUUCAGAGGUAGAGGGUUCAGCACGCGCCGAAGAAUAUACGUUAAUAACUGAGUUGUUGCUGACAAAGGUCCAGCUGGUGGUGGUGAAGACAGCUGGUUUCCAACCAAUACACGUUGUCGAAUCUGUCGCUUCCGGAGGCUAAGUAAUCGAGAAAUCACCCGUUUCUGAUAAGUGCCCGAUGCCCAAAAGUCAUAUCAUAUUGAAGGAGAGGAGGCUGACUAAUAAGUAUAAUAGUGGUACCUAUAUGUCAUCAUCGUCAAUUAUCCCUGCGAAGUUGCUACUAGGCCUAACAUGAGCUGCCGUUUGGACAUCAUCUUUCUGUCUCACAUAUACUCUCGCAAGUGUGCAAAUUCGAGUAGGACUUGAAAGAAUCAGUCUUCUACAGCGGAUGUUCGACUCGUGACCUGACAGUAGUCAAAUAAACAAAAGAAAGAAAGGGAAUAAGAUGCUUCUCCUCUCUCCAUUCUUCGUACUGAUUCUGUCCUUCGCCUGGCCCAUCGUGAAUGUCCAGUCCCUUUACAAGUUAUCCAAAUACAAAGGCUACUUCUCAACGACGGCCAACUACAGUGCGCCGUCUAGGGUAGGCUGUGCUAUCCGCUGUCACCAUAUGAAAUGCUCUUAUUUCAGUUUUCAAGAAGGAGUCUGUCAGAUCCACGACCCUGCUGCUGUCGCCUCAAGUAAUUCGACAUCGAUAUAUCGUUUGUUUGAUCCAGCAGGACCGCCAGUAGAUGAAAUUGUUGAUGUAGCGUACAAUAAGCCUUGUACUUCUAGCCCUCACCAUGAUGUUCUCGUAGCAAGCAGGGCAGUUGAUGGGGACUUGCAGACUCAGUACCAUUCAGCGAGUCAAACCGACACUUGGUGGUGUGUCGACCUAGGACUUGCGUACAUUAUCAGGGCCAUCGACGUUUUACCACAUCCCGGUGUCCCAACUUGGUUCAAGCUAAUGAAGAUUUACGUUGGCACAACUUCAGUCACGAAUGGAGAUUUCUCUUCUUAUACCCAAGUCGGAUAUUUUACUGAGUCCUGGAAUGGAACAUAUAGACUUGUAUUCACGCCUCCAAGUUUCACUGUUGGUCGAUAUGUAGCCAUACAAGGAACCUCCGGAACAGAGUUCCUCAAUUUAGUGGACGUAAAAGUUAUGGCUUAAAGAAACCAAUGUCUAUUAUGUUUAUUUUUUUUUUUUUACAUUGUCAUGACUGACCCAACAGGUGUAAUAUAAAGGUCCAUCUCACGUCACGUCACAGAUGCCAGAUAAUAUUAAACCGUAUCGCCUUUGUGAUGAUAAAUAUCACUUUCAUCAAGUAAGGUUGACUUGAACGAAUAUUUUUAAAUUCCCUUUUGGUUCCUCUGUCCAAAAAUCACAAUGUUCCCGAGAAGGAUCUUUAUGAAUUCAUUAGUAAAAUAAUUUACGUGUUCAUACCCGUAAAAACUCUGUGAUAUAGAUGUAUCAACUGAAAAUACAUUUAAAAAUAAACAGGCUUUUUUUCCCGAAAUGUAUUAAAAACUGUAGGAAAUAAAUGAAAAACACUUC